AUGCCAAGCACCAACGAGCGCUGGGCCGAGCUUCGCCCGUUGCUGCUGGCCGGUACCUAUACCGAUGCGAUGCGCUUCGUCGAUGACGUCGAGACCAAGCUCGCCGACUUGCGCGCGGCCGAAGCGUCGCUGCGGGUGUUGCAGGCGACGGCGCCGCCUGCCAGCAUCGUCACGCUCAACGUCGGCGGCAAGAAGUUUGCAACCGCCACGGCCAACGUGCGGCGCUUCCGCGGGAGCUACUUGGACGCGAUGCUCGCGUGGCCGCCCAACGAGCACGGCGAGUACUUUAUCGAUGCCGACCCGACGCAUUUUGGGCGGAUCAUGCGCCUCUUGCGCACCGGAACACUCGUGUUCGAUGGCCUGUGCACGAGUGACGUCGAAGAGCUCCACGCGCUUGUCGACUACCUCCAGCUCAGUGUUGUCGCCGCCGAGAUGGCGUGGGACCCGGCCCACUGCAGCACAGCGCUCUCGCUCUCGGACGCGAACCGCCGUGUGACCAAGCACGGCGUCACCGCCGACAUGUCACCGGUCCUCGGCACGACCCCCACAGCGCGUUUUUGCGUUCGCUUUUCCGCGCUGCAGACUAUUGACGUCGGGCUCACGACGCGCACCAACUUUACUGACACUCGGCACUCGGGUGCGCUUCCCGGAUGGUUCUUCCGGUGGCCGCGGGCGUUCCUGCAGGCGUUCGUACCUGGCCAAGUCCUCACGCAAACACCCACGUCGUCGUUGGUCCGUUCCAGCGGCGUGUCCGAGGUCGUCGUCCAAGUCGUCUACGACCGCCACACGGCAUCGAUCCACUUUGAGGUCAAUGGCCACAGGGUGCCCGAGUGCCUGCGCGGCAUCCCGCCAGGGUUGGUCUUGCUGCCGAUCGUUCGACUCUUUGAUCACAAAAGUCAAGUCAAGAUUGUCUCGAAUGCCAUGGAAGGCUAGUACGCCGACUCUAAUGUUCGGAUUCGUGUCGAAAGUUGCUAUUUGGGCCCAUUGUGUCACUAAUUGUUGCGUUUUGGGGCAAAAAUGGGCACAUUUUGUAAACCGAUCUGAAAUGGGGCAAUUUUUGUCGAAAUCCCGAGCGACCCUCUUCACGAGCUGCACCAACGGGCUCUAGGUGCGGCACACCAAGGCAACGUUGUCCGUGCACCGGGUGCCUCAAGAACGG